AUGGCUCUGAAACUUAUUCCUCUUGUUGCUGGCCUCUUGCUGGGCCAGGUGUCGGCCGUUGCUCCACUCCAAUCGAGCUCUGCGGCGGCCAGCAGCAGCCCGGUUCAAGCUCGAACUCAGGCCAGUGUCUACUGCCACACAAAAUUGGGAACAAGCUCCAUCUCUGGCGUCUUGCCCACCUCAACCAUCACUCGAACUCGUCAUGACCCUACGCCCGUGAUCAUCACCUCAACGACUCAAGCCACCGUGACAGAAACCCCUGCCGUGGUGACAGUCACCGAGACUGACUAUGUGACGACGAUCAUCACAACCACCGCCGCGACGGUCACGGAUACUUUCUCCACUACCUCCACUGACUUUGCUACCUCAACGGUGGUGGUGACUCCCCAGACUGUGACCAGUACCGUCGCGGUAACAGUCUCAACGACGACCACCGUCACCUCCACCAUCGCCCCCUACGCGGGCUUCACUCCCCUGGCGGACACUCUGCCCACCGUGCAACCGGCCAAACGCUCGCUCCUUGAAAGUGAGGAGGAGGAGGGGGAUUGCGCUGCCUGGCUGGAUGACUAUCAGUAUCCUCAGGCAGUUGAAUGUCACGAGAAGAUCGUGGUGAAGUCGACCAGCGUGGCGACGGUGACUGCAGUGCCCAUCACCACGACUUUGGCUGGUUCGACGACCACCGCCACGGUGACCAGCACGAUCUUUAGCAGCUCGGUGGUGGUUCCCAGCGAUGUCUCGACCACUCUCAGCUUCAGCACCACCUCAACAAUCACCGAGACUGCCACGGCUCCUGCUGUGACCGCCACCACCACGACCACCAACACCGUCUCGGUGACCACCAGCACCACGUUCCAGGGUGCAUGCGCCACCAACAAUGUUGCAUCUCUGCCGCUGUCCUCGGACUACGGGAACUUUGUGGGACAGUAUAUCUAUCUCAUUUCUUUCACCAACGUUCCUGGUGAAAGCAUCAGCGUUGGCAACACUGCUUCGGCCUACGACUGCUGCGUUAGCUGUCAGGAGUCCAGUACCUGUGCCAUGUCGUACUUCAACCAGCUCUCGUCCUCACUGGCCUACUGUUAUCUGAUCCACACUACAACAUGCAGCAGUGCCACGACCUAUGCCACGGCUCGCAUUCACGGCUCUGCAGCCACAAUCCAGAUGUCCAACGGCCCUUGUGGACGCGUUGUCGGUUUGCAGGAUUAA